AUGGUAGCCAUUCAAUGGGGUGCCCUCGCCACCCGGGCUCUCUUUUUCACAUCCUACCAGCCCCGAGAGGCGGACAGCAGCGCCUACACCAACAACGCACAAGUCGCUGCCAAGGCGCUUCAAGAGUGGUAUGAGCAACCGUCGGGUCUCUGGAAAACAACGGGCUGGUGGAACAGCGCCAACUGCCUCACGGUUUUGGGCGACUUGGCUUUGGCAGACAGUGCGGUCGGUGAUGCCGUCAAGAUCAGAGACGUCUACGCGAACACCUUCAGCAAUGCGCAAAAGACGGUCGCAACGGCGAGCAAGAAGCUCGACAACGGAAAGAUCGUCGCGACGUACAAGUAUGAGACAAAAAACAAAUCAAAACGAAAGGCACAGGGCUUCCCCAAGUUCCUCAACAACUUUUUUGACGACGAGGGCUGGUGGGGACUGGCCCUACUCCGGGGAUGGGACAUAACAGGCGAUGCCAAUAUGCUGGACGCUGCGCAGCACAUCUUUGAUGAUAUGGCGGAGAAUGGCAUCGAUGACACAUGCGGAGGAGGCGUCUGGUGGAGCAAGGACAAGACAUAUAAGAAUGCCAUUGCGAACGAACUGUUCAUCGCCCUAGGCGCCGGCCUGGCCACCCGGGUGGCCAACAGGAAGGACUCGCAGAUACGCCAGACCCUCAACGUGUGGAACUGGUUCAAGAAGAGCGGCAUGAUCAACGACAAGGACCUCAUCAACGACGGGCUGAAGCAAACGGACAGUGGCUGCGUCAACAACGGAAUGCAGACGUGGUCGUACAACCAGGGCGUGAUCUUGGGUGGCCUGGUGGACUUGUCCAAGGCGACGGGCGACCAGUCUUUCAUCGCCGACGCCGUCAAGAUUGCGAAUGCGGCGCUCAAGGCGCUUCAGGAUGAUAAGGGCAUCAUCCGCGAGAUCGACCGGUGCGAACCCAACUGUGGCGACGACGGGAGCCAGUUCAAGGGCAUCUUUGUGCGCAAUCUGGCCUACCUCCACAAGGUAGCGCCGCACGACAACUUCCGGGACGCCAUCCUCAAGAAUGCCGACUCCAUCUGGGCCCACAACCGCAACUCCAAGAACCAGCUGGGCAUCAACUGGGCAGGGCCAGCCGACGCAGGCAAGGGGCCGACGGCAGCAACACACAGCUCGGCUAUGGAUGUGUUGGUGGGUGCGUUGGCGGCGAGCAAGAAGUAG